AUGAGGACACCAGUAAUAGACCGUUUCUUCCAUAAGGCUCUGCGACGGGGCUUUAGAAAUUCCGGAAGUCGUCAAUUCACUGAUAUUCCCGUCCUAAGAGACGCCGUUGUACACUGUCGCGGAGAUCUUCCCUACGGAUCUCGUGAAUACGUGUUGCUUCCCCCGCACGUGACCUUGUACGACUUGGAAGCCUCCACAUCUUCCCCCAAUGAACAGAACGGCCCAGGAAAUCUCAAAUUGGCAUCUCUCUUUGCCCACCGAAAUAUUGUGUUCGGUGCCAAUGUCGUCAACGCCGAAAAUAGUCGUCAUCGGUUGACGAUUCGAGAAGCCUGCCCCGUUUUGCUGGAGACUGCCUUGAACGAUGCGUCGGCGGAUGGAGAACAACCGCAAGCAGUCAGUACCUUGUACGGACUUUGUGCUUGGGUAGUGGAUGGACUGGAAGGACGAGUUGUGUCCCGUGCUCUCGAGAAGCUCCGAGAGGACGAUACGAGUUUUCAUGCGGUGCAAGCCAUGGCGACGGGUGUCCCGAGGCCUGGCCAUUCUGUGGUUGGGCAAGGCACGUACCGGGAUGGUCAAGCAGGGUGGGAAGAGUUGGCCAAGGAGUUUGUCCAAACUGCUCCUUCCGACGAGUGUCUGUUGUAUCUAAAUCAUCAGGCCCAGCUUGUGGGUAUCGAGCACAUGGCCAGUACGAAGGUGGACUAUCUGCAAUCGGCCGGCGGAGCCAUGGCGCGAUUCUUUUUUGUCUAG